CCGCGGGCGGUGGAGGAGGUGGCGGUGGCAUCAAGAUGGCGGUGGCUGGCAAGGGGGUGGUAUCGGCCGCCGUGAAGCCGAUCUUCAGCCGGGACCUGGGCGAGGCGAAGCGGCGCGUCAGGGAGCUGUACCGGGCCUGGUACCGCGAGGUGCCCAACACGGUGCACCUGUACCAGCUGGACAUCACGGUGAAACAGGGGCGGAACAAGGUGCGGGAGAUGUUCAUGAAGAACGCCCACGUUACGGAUCCACGCGUGAUAGACAUGCUGGUUAUUAAGGGAAAAAUGGAGCUUCAAGAAACCAUUCAUGUCUGGAAGCAGAGGACUCAUGUCAUGAGGUACUUCCACGAGACGGAAACCCCGCAACCUAAAGACUUUCUGUCCAAAUUCUAUGCGGGCCACAAUCCCUGAGGAACUGACUCUGUGUCUUCCUGCCUUAUAUUACAAAUAAAGUUCUAUACAAUAGAAAAAAAAAUCCAUACCAAGAGAUUCUCUAGCAUCUUAGGAGCUUAAUGACUAGGCAAAUCCAGAGCAUGUGCAAGCGAUUAUGAUCUGUUUGAAGAGUUGUCAUGUCCUAGUUUUGCCAGUGUGUAUUUUCAGUGGAUGGCAUUUAUCCCAUCACUUGCCCUGGGGUGUCUGCUGAAUAACCACAACACAGCCUGGCUCCUGGUCUUUGUGCUUGGCCUGCAGCCCCAUCUGUAGAUGUUAGCUCUGUGAGGAAAAGGGCAGAAAUGUUCUUGUGCUUGAGGGGUAUGCUAGGGAUAUUGCAAGACACUGCAGUGUAUUCAUGCAGUGUCUUGCAAUUUCAUCCUAUGACUUUGUUGACCUUGUGUUUUAUAUUGGACAUUAGUCUCUUUCAUUUCUCCCAGAGAAAAUAUCCUAAUGGUAGGCAAAUAAAUCCUUGUGUAAUAAAACA